AUGAAUGACAUGCAAUUGGCUCUUCAGUUAUGCAUCUUACUCAUAGCAGUAAUUGUAUUUUCUCAUGCAACAACAAGGAAUAGAAAAAAUCGUGCAGAAUUAUACAUUAAAAAAUAUUUUAACAUGAAAAAAUUUCAUCCGAUAAGAACAAAUAACACACCACAUACAUAUUACCAACGUGUAUGUCAUGAACCUGUAAAAACGAUUUUUCAGUCUGAACAUAGAAGCAAUAAAAAUAGAUUCUCAUACGUAUUCAUAGGUUCAAAGGCACUUCUCAAAUUCAUUUGUUUGCAGCGAUUACUGUAUCACCAUGAGAUGAAGGAUGUAACGGAAGGAGCACACGGAGCAGACAACUCCACAUCAUUACAACCAUUGGGAGACACGAACAAUUUUGGAAAAAAUCAAGAUGCACAUAAAGCAAUAACAUCUGGUGACAUUCGAAAAAAACAUAUGAACAAACUGAAAGAAACUGAUGAGGUUGAUAUCUGCACCUGCAAUGAAGAAAAAAAAACACCACUUGAAAAAAAAGGAGUAAAUAAAAAAGAUGGAAAAAGCACUAAAGGAAUAGAAAUAAGAGAGAAGAAAGAAAUGGUAACUGAAAAUGUAGCAAUGAAAAAUGUAAGCCAAAUGAAUCAAUCUAGUGCACCUGAUUUUUACAUAAACAUUUUCAAAGACCUUUUGGAAAAAGGGAAAAGCAAAAUUAUGUCUCUCUCACCUCCAAGAGUAAAUGAACAAAGAGGGAGAGAAAAAAAAAAAAAAAAAAAAGUAGAAAAAGAAGAAGCGGAAGAAGAAGCGGAAGAAGAGGCGGACGAAGAGGCGGACGAAGAGGCGGACGAAGCGAACGAAGCAACAAUUGAUGACAUUUUAUACGGAGGAUUUUUAAACAUUUACAAACCUGUAAAUCUGUACUCAACCAAAGUAUGUGAAAAAGUAAAACAUACCUUGAAAAAACAUUUCAAAGUUGUGAAUAAAGAAAAUAUUAAUUUCAAAGUAGGGCAUGGAGGUACAUUAGAUCCUUUUGCUGAAGGAGUUUUAGUUAUCGGUAUACAAAAAGGAACUAAAAAAUUAAGUGAUUUUUUAAAAUGUUACAAAAAAUAUCUAGCCAUUUCUCUCUUUGGCAUUGAAACAGAUACCCUAGAUCGUGAGGGUAAAGUCAUAAAGGUCAACACCGAAAUGUUUAAAAAUCCAAAUUCAAUAUAUUCUAUAUCACAAUCAAUGGAUAAACAAAAGAUGAAACAAACUCUGAAAUCAUUUAUUGGAUACAUAGAUCAAAUUCCACCAUUAUAUUCAGCUAAGCGUGUUAAAGGAAUGAGACUCUACGAAUAUGCUAGAAAUAACAUUUCUGUUCAUAUCAAAUCAAAUAAAGUGCAUAUACAAGACAUAAAAUAUCUUAACCAAGUCCAUUUUCCAUUUUUUGAUUUACAAAUCCAUUGUUCUGGUGGCACAUAUAUAAGAAGCCUCAUACGUGAUUUCGCCCACGCUCUUAACACCAACGCAACCCUUAUCAAGUUAAUUCGAAUUCAACAGGGUCAUCAUUUCUCCUAUCAGCAAUCCUUGCACUAUGAUGACAUAAGCAUGGAGAACAUUAAAAAAUACUUCAUCAAGUUGUAG